GUAGAAAACAAUAACAAGAGUAAGCUCCCAAUCCCAUGGCAACAUCAAGACACACAAAUUCCACCGUCUCUCUCUAACUUUCUCUCUCUCACUCUUUCAUUUCACACAUCACACACACACACACAUAGCAUAAGCUUUUCUUCUUCACGAGAUGGUGACUGAUGAGCAGAUCAAAACAUCAUCUCUAGAAACCAGUGGCACAAUGAGUGGCCCCCUCGUCGGAGCCGCCGUGGAAACAAGUCGGCGCCGGAGAACAGAAGCCUUGCAGCUUAUUCUUCGAGCACUGUGCAUGGCAAGCUCUGUUGUUUCAAUCUCACUAAUGAUUACAGCAAAACAGAACAGCUCUGUUUCUAUCUAUGGUUUUCUCUUACCUGUUCACUCCAAAUGGUCUUUCUCUCACUCUUACCAAUAUCUUGUUGGGGUUUCUGCAGCAGUUGCAGUUCACUCUUUGCUGCAACUACUCAUUGGCACAUCAAGAUUUGUUAGGGCCACUUCUGUGAUUCCUUCUAGAAAUCAUGCAUGGGUUAUUUUUGCUGGGGAUCAGGCAUUUACUUAUGCAUUGAUGAGUGCUGGAUCUGCUUCAUCUGGUGUAACAAAUCUGAACCGCACAGGAAUUAGACAUACACCUCUGCCAAAUUUUUGCAAACCUUUGGACAAAUUUUGUGACCAUGUUGCCAUCUCAAUAGCUUUCACUUUCAUAAGCUGUUUUUUGCUUGCCACAUCUUCUAUCCAUGAUGUAAUAUGGCUCUCCCAACACUGAGUUUCUUUACAAUAUGAUCCCUAUCCUUUCAUUACUACCUUGUAGUCAAUGUUAUAUAUAUAGUUUUCAAACCAAUAUGUUCUUUUUGACAUGUUAUAAAUGUUGUGUAUUCUCUAUAAGCUCAUUGACCUGCAUUUGUGAAGACCUGUGAUUUGUGAAUGUUUUGUAUCAAGAAGCAGUAUUAUUUUUAUGAGCAAUCUUAUUCAGGAAUUCAAACUAUAA